AGGCCGUUGGAAGCCUCGGCCCAGAGCGGUGGAGGACGGCAACCCGCAAGCCUGAGGCGGGGCCUAACGUGACACGAGACCUCUGCGACCCUGGAGCCCCCCCCGACUCCAGUACCCACUUUGUCGCCUGUCCCCGGCCCUCUCAGUUCCCCACUGCCCCCUUAAAAGCCGGGACCUGGGCAAGGGAAUGACAGGCUUUACAGCCAAUGGCGUCCCGCACAGUAAACCUGCUACCCAAUCAAAAGGCGCGGCUGCGAGAGAAAGGCGAGGGAACCACGCCCUACUCCAGGUGACUCCUGGGCAGGGAGGGGAGCGUGCCACCGUCAUCAGAUAGGGUCCCUACUCAGUCUGUUCCUCCAGGCGAGUUACCGAGGACCAAACUGCGGGAGCGCGCGGGCAGUGGCCUGCGGCGGCAUCUUUGUGUGCUAUAGUCGAGGAGAGUGAUGGAGGAGCAUCAAGAGGCUGGGAAGGAGAGCAAGCCCUCCUGCGCAUCCCUGAACCUGCAGGGGGACAGCUCCUUGCAGGUGGAGAUCUCCGAUGCAGUCAGCGAGCGGGACAAAGUGAAAUUCACUGUUCAGACCAAGAGCUGCCUCCCUCACUUCGCCCAGACUGAGUUCUCAGUUGUGCGGCUGCAUGAGGAGUUCAUCUGGCUACACGACGCCUACGUGGAGAACGAGGACUACGCGGGUCUCAUUAUCCCUCCAGCCCCUCCGAGGCCAGACUUUGAGGCUUCAAGGGAAAAGCUGCAGAAGUUGGGUGAGGGGGACAGCUCCGUCACCCGGGAAGAGUUUGCCAAAAUGAAGCAGGAGCUGGAAGCGGAGUACCUGGCCAUCUUCAAGAAGACCGUUGCGAUGCACGAAGUCUUUCUGCAGCGCCUGGCGGCCCACCCCACCCUGCGUCGAGACCACAACUUCUUUGUCUUUUUGGAAUAUGGCCAGGACCUGAGCGUCCGAGGAAAGAACAGGAAGGAGCUCCUUGGGGGGUUUCUGAGGAAUAUCGUGAAGUCCGCGGAUGAAGCCCUCAUCACGGGCAUGUCAGGACUCAAGGAGGUGGAUGAGUUCUUUGAGCAUGAGAGGACCUUCCUGCUGGAGUACCACCCCCGCAUCCGGGACGCCUGCCUGCGGGCAGACCGUGUCAUGCACUCUCACAAGUGCCUGGCAGAUGAUUAUAUCCCUAUCUCUGCUGCACUGAGCAGCCUGGGAACACAGGAAGUCAACCAGCUAAAGAUGAGCUUCCUCAAACUGGCAGAGCUCUUUGAACGGUUAAGGAAGCUGGAGGGCCGGGUGGCCUCUGACCAGGACCUGAAGCUGUCAGACAUGCUGAGAUACUACACGCGAGACUCACAGGCAGCCAAGGACCUGCUGUACCGGCGGCUUCGGGCGCUGGCCGACUACGAAAACGCCAGCAAGGCACUGGACAAGGCGCGCACCAGGAACCGGGAGGUGCGGGCCGCUGAGAGCCACCAGCAGCUGUGCUGCCAGCGCUUCGAACGCCUUUCCGACUCAGCCAAGCAGGAGCUCAUGGACUUCAAGUCCCGCCGCGUCUCCUCCUUCCGCAAGAAUCUUGUCGAGCUGGCGGAGCUGGAGCUCAAACAUGCAAAGGCCAGCACCCUGCUUCUGCGGAACACCCUUGUCAUCCUCAAAGGGGAGCCUUAGAGCCACUGGAGCCUGCUCUGGGGCCUUUCGUGAUGAGCCCCCCAGCCCUCCCACCACAGGAGCCACCAGCCAGGCCCCAUGACCUCUUGGGGCAGGCCCCACCCCCUGCCCCCAGGUGCCAGGCCCUGCAAGAGGACAGGGCAGCAUGGGCACCAUACCUGGCCACAGGUAAGCAGAGCCCAACCUGGGGAGGCCCGGGGCCCCUGACCUCCCUCCUCAGGGGCUGAGGACCAGCCUCCACCCACUUCUGGGCCCAGAGUUCAUUUGUCUCCAGCCUGUUCACAAAUAAAAAGCCUGGUUUUGUAGUCAAGAGGCCUGCCUGUCCUGACCUUCCAGUUCCAGGGCCCACCAGGGACAGCGCCUACCAGGGCACCAGGGUAGAGACCACAUCCUAAGGGAACAAGGGGGCACACCCCUGCUGUGUCCUCGCUUCUUUUUCAGAGAGCCGCUAGGCUCUCCGUGGAAGGUCCAAGACCUAGACCUUGGGCCCCAGGAGCAGUCUUCAAGGCGUGCCACCACUGCCAUAAACACGUAAAGUGAUUAUAAAUCCUCUACACUCAUUUCCUAAUCAGUAACAUGAACCACCCCUUCCUGCCUCCCUGCCAGAGAUACUGGAAAGGAACUGCGGAACCAGCUCUAACUCCAAGAGGUUUUUUAGUUGCUUGGAAGGGGCAUAAAUCCUGUAUUACCACCCCUGGGGCAAGACUUCCAGAAUACUUUUAUCUGCAGGGCAGGUUAAAGCCAAAGUACAGGCUGGACAGGGCCCACGGUAAUGCGGGCAAGACUUGGGGCUCCAGCCAACACCCUCCUGGUUAAACAGAGGAAGGUGGGGUCCAGGACACCAGGAGUCUGAAGUCCUGGGCUCCACCUGGCUGGCCCCACCUUGCUCUCCAGCCACAUCUGCAGAAGGCCACAGGCUCCACCUGGCUUCUGACUCACAGCAGCUGCUGGACCCAGCCCUCAUGAGUCAGCCAUCCAGGGAAGAAGGCAAAGAAAGCCGAAGAGAACGGUGGAAGUGGAGAAAAAGCUCAGACAACCAGGGACCAGAAGUCUCACAGCCACGUCUGGGCUGGGUAGGGCUGGGCUGAGCAGGGCAUCAGAGCAGCCUGACCGUCCUGCUCCCACCGGGGGGUAAGGCCACAAAGGCCGCGCAGGCACUAAACCCUUCUAUUCAAAGGACCCCUGCAGCCGGCAGCACACACCCUAGGCUCAGCUACCUCCUCAACAGCCAGUCUGGUGCCAACUAUGGCACCAGAAUAUACAGAGUGGCAACUGUCAGGAAAGAGGCUCCACUGGGGCCAGAGGAGGGUGCAUGCAGGCUGGCCGGGGGUGGGGCAUAAAGAGACACCUCCCCCACGAGGUCCCCUGGGCCCCAAUCUUGAAACAAACAUCCCAUUAAUGAGCCUUUUUAUUGUGUCUUUUUCUUUUUUAAUUGAAGGUCCCUUACUGGUCCUGCUUCCAUGAGUGGCUGUGACCAGGGGAAAGGGGGGGGGACCAGGUGGCGCAGGGAGGGGUCAUCUCCACAUCAUUCCAUUUAUACACAGAACUAAACAGACAAGCACAGAGUCACUAUUGCGGUUAGAAGUUGGCAGCAUGGGAAAAGGAAGGAACAGGUCGGGAACUGGGGUGUCGUUAAAAAA